UUCUGAACCUGGGACUCUGAAAAUGGACCAGGAUAUGAACCUUGCAUUCUCUAGUUCAUCUGACACACAUGAAAGACAUAUGCAUUUUCCUGGGAUUAUGCUGCCAGGUUUGACUUCUACUAAAAUUAACAUAAGUGGUCACCACACAGAAUCUACCAAAACUGUAGUGAAGGAGGAUAUCACCCUCACAAAGUACCAGGUAACUCGUCCCAUGUCAGAAUCUCAUGACGCCACUUCUCUUCCCCAUCCUGAUACCACCAAUAUUUUGGAGGGACAUUCCCUUCACCUGAAAGGAGAGGAAGAAGAGCUAGGAGUCUCGACUGGCACAGGAAAUGAAAGAGUAGAGGCUCUUCCUUACACCUCUGCUGGAGUGAUUAAAUUUCCCAGGUUUCACAAACCAAAAUUUGGGGUUUCUAUCUCUAAGCCCUUGGAUAUCUCUUACUCUCAAGAACCUCACAAAGUGGCAGCAGAUAUGAUGGCCCAUGAAGUGCCACUUGCACCAGCAAUAGAUGAAAGAAAGGAAGAGGAGAUUCCCGCUGAAGGGCAAGAGAGUUGGUUCAAAAGGCCCAAAUUCCGAAUGCCAAGUUUUGGACGCUCAUCCUCAAAGGACAAAAAAGUGGUGCUUGAUACAGAAAUAGUGCCAAUUGUGGUUUCUGCUGCCCUGACACAGAGCGAAAUACAAGUCUCGGAAGGUCCUGCCCUAGGGAAGGCCACUGCUGAGGAGCCAUCAGUUGAAAAGGAGAGUGGCAAAGACCAGACUGCCCUUCCAGAUGUUCACAUGCCCGAACUUGGUUCCUUAGUUGCUCAAGCCAAGAGCCAUAACAUCCAUAUUUCCAUACCAAAAUUGGAGGCAGAUGUGUCUCAACCAUCUCCUAAAGCAGCCAUAGGGCCAGUAGCCCUGGAAUCAGAAACAUAUGCAGAUGUGCUAAAACGCAACAUUGAUGACAAAGGCUUAAAACUAUGCCAACCUACAGCUGGGAUGUUGGAUUCAACAGUUUCUGUGUCAGAAGUCAGGGUCCCCUCUGGAGAAAACUCUGUGUCUGUUCUGUUGCCCAGCCUAAGAUUUUCCACAAGUGAAAUGAAGGCUCCCAGAGAAGAAACUGGUGAGAAAGUUCUUUCCACACAGGGAAUGUCUUUGCCUGGGCAAAGCAAAGGUGAAGGGGGCACUGUAUUCUUCCCUGAGCCAGAAACAUAUCUUCCCCCAACAGAAGGGCCCAUUAAAUUCAAGACCUCAACUACUGAAAUCCCAUCUCAAGUCUCUGUUGUUGAAACAGGCCGAGUUUGGGAAGGCUCUGUUUUGACUGUUAAAUUUCCAAAAUUACAAGUACCCAAAUUUACCUUCCAUGCCCCCAGUACAGAGGCUGACAUUUUCAUUCCCCAAGUGAGAGAAAUAAUAUGCCCUGAGACAGACAUCGAGAUAGCAAUUCAUAAAGAAAGCCCUGAAGAAUGGAGUGCCAAAGUCCUCAAAGCAGCCUCUGAGGUUCCUCCUCAGACAAGCCCCGACCCAAUAAGACCUCCAAAGGACCUUGCCCUCACCUCAAUAGCCUCUCCCAUUUCCAAGGUCAAGGUUCAUAUUCAGGGUGCCCAUAUAGAAAGCCAAGAGGUCACUGUAGAAAGCCGAGUGACUUGUGAACAUGGUGAGCUCCCAAGACGAGAGACCUUUUCUACUCAGAUAGUGAGAGCCUCUGAGAUCCCUCCAUCUGAUAUUCAAACACCUUCUUAUGGGUUUUCCCUGCUGAAGGUAAAGAUUCCUGAAUCGCACAUUAAUCUGGAUGUGACAGGUAAGGAACAAGAAACCCUUAGAUACACAAGUUCUGCAUCCAAGUUGCAAGACAUCUCAGAAGAGGGUUUGAGAAAAGAUGAAUCAGGAGUAGACACAGUAGAUUUAUCACUAGAAGGGGAACUCCAGCCUGAAACAGGAGAACCAUAUGAAAUCAUCUCUUCUAGUGCCAAUUUGCCAAAGCUGAAAACAUUUACAUUUGAAGUUCACUCUUCCCAUCAAUAUGUAGACAGCUACUCUGAUGAGGAGCCUGCAGAAAUCCUGGAAUUUCCUCCUGAAGAUAUCCAUGGCCAAACACCACCAGAUGAAGAAGAAAAGGAGCAAAAAGCCCAACUGGAAAGUAAGAAGUCUUCUGGUCUAUUCCGAUUUUGGCUUCCAAACAUUGGAUUUUCUUCUUCCACCGAUGAGUCAAAUUCAGAUUCCAAAGCUGAAGUCUCAAAGUCAAUACCAAUAGAAACGCAGCCAGAAGCCAGAUCAGACAUUGAACCUCCUAAGAAAGCAGAGAAAACUGGCUGGUUCCGAUUUCCCAAAUUGGGAUUCUCCUCUUCCCCAGCCAAGAAGAGUAAAAGUCCAGAGGAGAGUGAUGCAGAGCCCACUGAGGCAGGAUCACAGGAGGAAGCUGAGCAAACAGUCACUUUCUUUGAUGCACAGGAAACAUUAUCCCCAGAAGACAGAGAAGGGAGUGAAGGUAUCACUAGCACCAACAAAGAUGAUGCUCAAGAUACUAAUGUCCUAAUUACAUCUUCUGCAAGAACUGAAUUAAUCUUACUAGAGCAGGAAGGAAAAACUACAGGAAGAACAGUUUCUGGGCCUGUGGCUAAAUGAAAGGUAAAAUGGGUUUUCCUAGCCAUCCGAAGAGAGACUGACAAACAAAAUCUAAAAGCUAAGCCAAUAGGAAAGACCUAUCCUGACUGCACUUGUCCCUCCGCGUCAGUUCAGAAAACUGAACGUGAAAACUAGUGAGAAGAACCCUGCAUAGGUAUCCUUUUGCUGCCCAAUGGCUAUGCUCCAGCUGUAACUGAGCAUGAUGGUGUCUGUUGCUCCAGAAGCAAGCCACACAUUCUUGAGAGAAAGAAGGCCUUUAGAUCUAGGCAGAGUUCAUUGUGACUGAAAAAGGGCUAGACCCCAAGAAACAAAGACUGAAGGAAAGACUUUGGUAAAGUACCACCUUCAGAAACUCACCAAUAAAAGUUAAGUGCUAGCUCUUUUGUGGAAAGGUCUGUAUGGUCACUUGGGAGAAGGGAGGUCCAGUUGUUGGUUUUGUUUCUGUCCUGCUGCUGCUACUGCUUUCUGGUGGGAAAUCUAUUAUCCUUCUUUUAGGUAGGGUCAAAAUGUAUUCCAUGGGAUCACCUUUCCCACAGGACAAAGCUGCUUUCUCUUUCUGUUAGAAGUCCUCUCUAUGUCAAGCUUCAGAAACCUGAGAGGGCAAAGCUACAUGUGGUGGGGAUGAAAGGGAGAGGAGAGAUCAGGCGGAGGACAAACAUAGGUGGAAUACAGCAGUUAAGUAGCGUUUAGAGGGCAAGAUAGGCAGAUGAGAGGAUGACAAAGUAUCUGGGAAUCGUCUCUCAGAUUUUUCUAGGAAACUAGUUGUAGAUGGUCCUUUGGCUGUAUCUGUGACCCUCUCACCUGCAUUGGUCAUUACUGUGGUUCACAGCCUUCCUUCUUAUGAUGUGUAUGAGGCACUGAAUGAAAACCUCCACAAGAGAAAUAAAUACUAUAACACCA